UCACUUCCGAAGUUCCGGACGCGACGUGAUGCAAAUAAGGCGAUACUGAAAUUGUUCUCUCAUUUUGUGUCUUUAAUAAUAGUAACAGUAAUUCUAUGUACUUAAUUCUUCUUCCUCAUGAACCGAAGAAGUGACGUAGAAUAAGAGAACUGUGAAAUAUUGAAUAAGCAGAAUAGUAUAAAUACAAAUAGAGCAAAUGUCUUAAACAGGAUUUAUUUUCGUGAAUGGGCAAUGCAAGCUUGUAGUAGGUGGGGUCAGACCCAGUUCACCUUGGAGAGCAGUAACCAGAAUAUAUCUGUUUACAACAAGAAGUCAUAGUGUGGUUUAUCUAACAAGGUCUUCUCCAAAGUGCUGUUUCAAUCCAUUAUUUAAGAUACCAGAAUAUUUUUUCCCAGCACAAGACGGUCUGAUUAGGAGACAAUGCCUUCACAGGCUAUCAAACCAACAUCUUUGGGGAUGACGGGAAUGCGGAACAAUGACACCUGGACUGAUGGACUCCCAAUCUGCAAAUUGUCAGGUGUGGGGAUGUCAGCCAACCAGAUGUACCGAGAAGAUGGAACACCAUGCUCGGAACAUGAAUAUGAGGACCGCAGCAUUCACUUUUGUCUUGACCGUGAAAAUCACACUUACCUCUAUGGGGUCUUUGAUGGCCAUGAUGGAGCCAAGGCAGCGUACUUUGCAACCCAGAGGAUGCCUGCAGAAUUAAGUUUUGAGCAGUUGACAGGAAAAACAACAGAAGAAGAGGUGAAAGAAGUCUUUAGAGAAGCUUUCCUCUCGGUUGAAAAUGCUUUCUUGGAAUCCAUUGAUCCGAGAAUUGCAGAACGUACCCAGCUGUUGGACAAAAUCCCUGAUGGAAUGUCACAGUUUGAAGCUGCUCAGAAAUUCCCAGAAACAUUUAGUCGACUUCAGGCAUUGGACCAGGAGAUAAGAGGAGGGACAACAGCUGUUGUAGCACUGAUACAUGCAAAAACAUUGUAUGUUGGCAAUGUUGGUGAUUCAAGGGCUCUUCUUUGUAAGAAAGAUAGGUCUGGUGUAUUAAAAGUGAAGCAACUUACUGCCGACCACACUACUAGUAGUCAUGAUGAAUUGCAGCGUUUGGAAUCACUCAAUUUGACAGCUAGCAAAAUUCGAGGAGCCAAGCUUGGAAACCAUGAGUUAACAAGAUGUAUUGGAAACUACUUCAUGAAGGGGGGUUAUACAGAAUUUGAUAUCCUAAGUUCAGCAACAGCAGAGCCUGUCAUUGCUGAACCAUACAUCACAUUCAUGCCUAUUGAUGAGUCCUGCAGUUUCCUCUUGCUGAUGAGUGAUGGCCUUUACAAUUCUUACAAAGAGGCUACAGGAUCUGAGCAAGUCAACAAGGAAAUUGCACAGAUGGUUGUUGAACAGUUUGUAGAGCAACCAACUCUAACAAGCAUUGCUCAGACUGUGGUUGACAAAGUAGUCCGUCUGCACCAUGAUAAUUAUCUCACCAAGCAGAGAAAUAUAACAACGCGAGAUGACAUUACCCUAAUCAUCCGUAACUUCAACUUCCCUCUGCGCAGUGCUCUUACCCCUUCUGCUGUGUCUGGGGGCAGCUCUCCACGUCCUCCUAUCCAUCACAGACCGCAUCUGAGGACAGCAGUGAGAACUCCAGAUUUGUCAUCAUCAUCAAGCAGUGAGGACAUAACACUCUGUAAGGAGCCGGACUCACUACCAAGUCUCCCUCAUGAGCGUCUGCUGCCAGGGCUAAGGGGCCACAAAGUAGACAUGUCAGAAGGUGUCAGUAACUCUGUGGAUGACAACUUUCUUGUCCAUCACACCGACACCAACACGACCUCAACUGAAUCAUCAGAUCUCCAGAAUCCGAGUCUUACUCAGUUUUCCUUGGACGAAGAUGGGAGGAUUCAUCCCUAUGUUAGUUUUGAUCAGUAUUACCAAGCUAUUGAAGAGGCGCGGAUAGCGGGGCUCAUAUCGGAAUCUCAGUUGUAUCAAUAUAAAUAGAGUUCAAAAUAAAACAGAUAGCAUAUCUUAAGAUGACAAGAAAUAUAUAGACUAUUAGUUUCUGUAUAGAUAUUUUAUUGGUAAAUGAAGAUUUCUUUUUUGUCUUAAGUGGAAAGUUUCAUCAGCUUUCUAGUUAAGAAUAUAUAAGAAUUAAGAGCUGGUUUUAACAUGAACUGCUCUUGGUCAGCUUUAGAAGUAAAUGAUGAUCAUUUGACUAGCCCAUGUUGCUCUGUCUAAAAAUGAAAAAAAAUAUUGUCCAUGGAAGUAAUUAGUAGCUAUUAGUCUAUUUUGUUUGACUUGAGAUUAUUUUUUUUAUACGAAUUGAAUAUAUAUCAAUAUUAUAAUUAAAUUUUAUCUCUUUAUGUGCAUACUUUGUUAGUUUGUUGUUACAAAGUUAAAUGGAGUUGAAAUUGA